AUGGGACUAGGAGUACUUACGAAAAGAACAAAUACAUAUGGACUCAAGGGCAAAUCAUUAAGAGUAGCCAUAACAGCAACAUCAGUAGCUGGAUUUUCAUUAUUUGGUUAUGAUCAAGGAUUAAUGUCAGGUUUAAUAGCAGCUGAUCAAUUUAAUUAUGAAUUCCCAGCAACUAAAGAUAAUGGUACUAUACAAGGAGCAGUUACUGCAUCUUAUGAAAUUGGUUGCUUUUUUGGUGCAUUAUUUGCUUUAUGGAAAGGUGAAAGAACCGGUAGAAGACCUUUGAUAUUUGUGGGUUCUGUGCUUAUUGUUAUUGGAGCUAUUAUUAGUACUACUCCAUUUAGACCUCAUUGGCCAUUAGGUCACUUUGUUGUUGGAAGGGUUAUAACUGGUGUUGGGAAUGGAUUAAAUACUGCAACUAUACCUGUUUGGCAAAGUGAAAUGUCAAGAGCAGAAAAUAGAGGAUUUUUAGUCAAUAUGGAAGGUGCAUUUAUUGCUGUGGGGACAUUUAUUGCUUAUUGGACUGAUUUUGGAUUUUCAUUUAUUGAUUCAUCUGUUUCUUGGAGAUUCCCAGUUGCUUUUCAAAUUUUUUUUGCUUUACUUGUAUUAUUUGGGAUUUGGGGAUGUCCCGAAAGUCCUCGUUGGUUAAUUAAGAAUAAACAUGAAAUUGAAGCUAAAUUUGUAUUGAGUUCUUUAAAAGGUGUUAAUGAAGAUGAUGAGGAAGUGGGUAAAGAAAUAUCUGGAAUUAUUGAAUCAAUUAAUAAAUUUUCUAAAGUUCAAGGUGGUAUAAGUGAAAUUUUUACUGGUGGUAAAACACAACAUUUUAGAAGAUUAUUGAUUGGAUGUAGUGGACAAUUUUUUCAACAAUUAACUGGAUGUAAUGCAGCUAUAUAUUAUUCAACUUUAUUGUUUUAUCAAACAAUUUUCAAUCAUUCUCAAUACAGAUUAUCAAUGAUAUUAGGUGGUGUUUUUGCAACUAUAUAUGCAUUAUCUACUAUUCCAUCAUUUUUUUUGGUUGAUACUUUAGGUAGGAGAAAAUUAUUUUUGAUUGGUGCUGUAGGACAAGGUAUUUCAUUUACUAUAUCAUUUGCAUGUUUAAUUAAUCCUACUCCUGAAAAUGCAAAAGGUGCAGCAGUUGGUAUUUUCUUAUUUAUUAUAUUUUUUGCAUUUACAUUAUUACCAUUACCUUGGUUAUAUCCACCAGAAAUUAAUCCAUUAAAAACAAGAACUUAUGCAAGUGCUGCUUCAACAUGUACAAAUUGGUUAAUGAAUUUUGCUGUUGUUAUGUUUGUACCUAAAUUUUUAGAAACUUCAGGUUGGGGUACUUAUUUAUUUUUUGCUUGUGUUAAUUUUGCUUUUGUUCCUGUUAUUUAUUUUUGGUAUAUUGAAACAAGAGGUAGAUCAUUGGAAGAAAUUGAUAUUAUUUUCGCUAAAAGUUAUGUAGAGAAAAAACCUGCUUGGAAAGUUGCUGAUGAAAUGCCUAAAUUGUCUAUGCAAGAGAUUGAUGAUGAAGCUAGAAGGUUAGGUUUACAUGAUGUGGGUGAGGAUGAGGAAGAGCAUGUUGGUAGUUUUGAUGAUGAAGAAGGGUUUGAAAAGAAUAAUUUUGAGUCAAGAGAUUUAAGUGAAAGUGAGGAAGUUAAUUCAGGUUUGAAUGCAAGUAAUGAAAAAUUAGAGAACGAAAUAUAA